AUGCACGCCUCCCUUUCGCGCAAGCGCGCAAGCCUAUCCUCCUUCUCCCACGCAGACCGCGGGAAAGCCUUGAAGCAGGUGGAUGCAAGUCGCAUCUUCCGAUCCAACGCCAAUAGCCGAUACCCAGCACCCAACCAGCCGAAGAAACACGUAGCAACCCCCGAGGCUUUUCCUAAACAUGCGCGUCUAGGAUACGGACUAGCUGCGUCUGUGAAUGAGGUGCUGUACAAUGGCGUAGAAUGUGCAGCAAAGCAGGUUCGUUACAUGACCCUGCAGAGUGCUCGGAGAGAUGCAGCUAACAGAAGAAAGUUUGACCACAAAGACGGCACCCUUGGCCUUUCUAGCCAGUACUACGUAGUCGAGCGUUACGCAUACCGAAGGCUACGGAAAUGCGAUGCCCUGUCCGGCUAUGUGCCGAAGUACUACGGGCAAGACGAUAAGCAUCAAAUCUUAUACAUCGAGCGCAUAUACGGAAGAACACUGUUGGAAUAUGCGGAAAUUUGCCAGGAGAGCUCUUGCUGCAGUGCUAUCCAUUGCGCGGGCCUGGCACACAAUAACAUCAACGGGCGCAACAUACUUAUUCGAGACGGUAUUAAGCGACAUGGGCCUAGUCCCAUCGACGGCUUCGUUGUCCUUAUUAACUUCAAUCUUGUAAAGUUCAGAGGAGAACCUGAUAAGAGGUGGACUGCAGCAUGCAAUAGGGAUCUUGAUGAUUUGAAUUCGACUUUCCUCGCCGUGGUGGGACGUGCGAACAACAAAGCGGCCCAUGCAAUGCUCGCCCAACACCAGCCAUUUGACGUUUCCCAGGAACAACUAGCCAAGGUGGUCAAAGACACCGAUCCUGACCCGAAGCCCAACACAGCGAUAUUCAAACUUCCAAGACUUCUUCCUGUUCUCGCUCUUGCACUCGCCCGAGCAUGGAGUAAGCAUGGGAGGAGUCAUAUCUCGCUUGAAAUUCUUGCCCAAUUCGAGGCGUCAGCACACGCCCCUUUGGAUUCAGAUCGGCGCUCGGCACUACUCAUAGAGGGAGAUCGCGUAUGCUGGUCAGAAAGUGCGGACAAAAUUGCGCUGUUUACUAAUGUUAUUCACCGGUGCGAAGCUGAACUUGGCCCGACUGAUCCGUACACCCUCCGCCUAAGGGGCCUGUACGCCUCGCAACUCAAAGAACAUGGUCAAGAAUUAGAGCUCGAGUCUGUUCUCUCCUCAAUGUUGCAGCAGCUUCAAGGACUGGAUUCCGCGGAUAAAGUUCCCAAGCAGGGCGAUCAUCUAUUUGCGGAGACUCUUAACCCUCAGGCUUGGAUCACAUGGGUGGAGAAGAGGAUGCCACAGGCUUCGGCUGUAGCUGAGAGUCUUGAGGGACAAUAA